AUGACUUUAAUAUACCUAUCAACGUUAUUGUAUUUAUGUGAAUCCUACAAAAUACUGGUUAUAAAUCCAAAAUGCGGCUAUAGUCAUAUGAAUUUUAUGGGUAAAAUAGCUGACGUACUUGUUGAUGCUGGGCACGAGGUGGUCACAUUCCAGCCAGUAAUCGAAACGAUAUUUGCUGGAAAUGGUACCACUAAGUCCCGUUUGAUACAAGUCGGUCCAUUCGAUGAGUCCAAUAAGAAGUCUAUUUUCCUCGAUGAAACUAACAUGAAGCCACUGUGGACCGUCAGUGCGUCAAAUCCAAUUGGAGUGCUUUUGAAUGCUCAUCUGCUAGCCGGUAUUGCAGAGAAGACUUUAUCAAAUGUGCUGGAUAAUAAAGAGAUUCUACAGCAAUUGAAGGACGAAAACUUCGACGUCGCCAUAACGGAACUAUUCGACUUCAUUGGAAUCGGUCAGUAA